GCUGAAUCACAUCAGAGUUGUAGACGCACAGUGUGGAUCAAGUAAAACGGCCAGAAACAAGCAGUUCCGCGUUGUUGUGAUGCUACCAGCUAAACACUAGCCGUAAAGCAGGACGUGGUCGAUUUUACGACUACGGUGUGACAUUAUCACAUCGCCAGGAGGAACUGUGUCGGUAUAUGAAGAUGUUUGUGUGAAUGAGAACAACGUCAGGUCUUUCAGCCUAUAUGGUUUGUUCCAUAUGUUUGUUAUACGUGAAUAAGAUACUUGUGUAAAAGAUUGAGAGCGCCGGUUGGUGAACGUUUUUAGCAAAGAUGUGCACAGACAGACCUAUGCAGAGCUAACUAGCUAGCUUCUGCUAGUUAGCCGUAUUGUGGCACUUUGGCACAGAGACGCUGUGCAAGCGCAACGAAAAACACGUCUACCCUGGUUUGAGUACACAACCGUAUGUGUUAAACUACAGCCUGAGCUGCGUGUGUGAGGUUCGUCUGACGUCUCCGGCUGUGAAGGCUUGAUUCAUGUAAACAUGUCAGCGCAAAAAGACUGCGAGUUUCUGGUGAGAAGAGCCCGGGAGCUGGUGUCUGAUGAUCCGUGCGCGGCCAAAGCCUGGCUCAUCACAGCCAGGACCCUGUACCCUGCAGACUUCAACAUACAGUAUGAAAUGUACAGCAUUGAACGCAAUGCAGAGAGGACCGCCUCUGCAGGGAGACUCCUGUAUGACAUGUUCAUCAACUUUCCAGAUCAACCCACUGUGUGGCGGGAGAUCAGUGUCAUCACAGCUGCCCUACGCGGUGACUCUCAGGACAAGCAUGCACAGUUUCUCCGAGGACUUUUUGAGACACUUCCCGGCCGUGUGCAGUGUGAAAUGCUCCUGAAAGCCACCGAGCAGUGUUUCAACACUUUGGAGAAGGCAGAAAUGCUGCUGCUUCUUCUGAAGCGCUUUCCUGAGUCUGUGGUCCAACACGGGGUCAAUUUAGGAGAGACGCUGCUGGAGGCGGAGGUGUCAGAGAAUGUGGAGACUCCCGUCAACUGCUUCAGAAAACUGUUUGUGUGUGAUGUCCUCCCUUUGGUCAUUAACAACAUGGACAUGCGCUUGCCGGCCAGCCUGAUGCAGAAAUACAUGCUGAAAGCAGCUGAAUUCUAUAUUGGUUAUGUUACCCGUGGACCCUCACCUGAUGUACAGAUACAGGGCUCUCAAGAAGCUGGAUCACUGAAGUCACCCAACAUGUCCCGUGGCUCCCAGCGCCAUGUGAUUGACGGCCUUUCUGAAAAGUCUUCAGUGGUAGCAGAGCCUUGGGAGCGGCUGUUGGAUAUCCUCGCUGUGGUUGGAGCUCGCUGCGAGUGGCAGGGAGACAAGGGACAGAGGACUUAUGUGGACAUGCUGCUGAGGGUGAAGGAGUUGUGUCGCUACCUUCCUAGUCUGGAAGGAGAGACUCGGUCCCGCUGCUGCAGCCAAGUGGUCAUCUGUGCGGCACUCGUCCUCUUCCGCAGCGCCUUUCUCUACGUCUCAUCUGUACAGCCUGCACUGUUCCAAGCCAUGAAUGCGCUGAGUUCGGGGCCAUGGAUCCUUGUAGAGGACUUGAGUUCGGUGUAUAAUGAUUUGGAGCUGGAGAGGGGAGCUGUGAAACAUGCACACAAGAAACGCAAACUGGCCGAUGGGAGAGAGAAGACCAUGAGCUCCGAUGACGAGGAAGGGUUGGGAAAAGGCCGCGGUCGACACAUCAUAGUAACCAAGACUGAGAUGCCCAGCUGGUCAGAGACUCUGGAGAGCUUCCGCACAGCGAGGGAGAGCUGGGAUCUACUUCACUCCCAUGACGGCCUGGAAACUGAGUUCAAGAAGAUCUGUGCCUCUUGGAAGACAGACAGCUGGUUAUGGUUCAGAAUAUUCCUCACUGACAUGAUCAUAUAUCAGGGACAGUACCGUAAGGCCCUCUCUAGCCUGCACCAGAUGGCUGCAGUGCUGCAGCCUCAGCCAGGGCAGCAGAGCCCCUCGGGUCAGGUCAGUCUGGAGCAACACAGGGCCCUCAUACAGCAGGCCUCCUGCCACUACGCACUGGGAGAGUACAGGUUGGCCUGUGAGAAGCUGCUCGAUGUUGUGGGUGGGCUGAGUCCCCCAAACCAAGAACCAUCAAAGACCCCAGAAGAUCAAGGGAGAGUCAAGGCCAAAAUGAGGAAAGGCAAUGACCUGCGAUUGCUGCCCUGCACCAGCAAAGCUGUGUUACCUUUCGGUCUCCAGCUCAUGCUCGCCUGCUUCAAGCUCCGGGCCUUCACAGACAAUCGUGACGACCUGUCCCUCGGCCACGUGGUGGUGCUCCUGCAGCAGGACUGGCCACACGGGGAGAUGCUGUUUUUAAAGGCAGUGGAUAAAAUCUGUCAGCAAGGCGGUUUGCAGUAUGAGAAUUUCUUCAACUAUGUCACCAAUAUUGACAUGCUGGAGGAGUUUGCAUACCUGCGCACUCCAGAGGGAGGUAGAAUUCAGCUGGAGCUGCUGCCCAAUCAGGGAAUGCUGAUCAAGAACCCUAGUCCCGCCUUGGGGGUGGAGUUAAACACCCUACUGCUACAAGGGGUGCAGGCGAUGGACAGACACCACACGGUGACGCGGGGAAUCACCAAAGGAGUGAAAGAGGACUUCCGUCUGGCCAUGGAGCGGCAGGUGUCGCGUUGUGGGGAGAACCUCCUGAGCGUGCUUCACCGUUUCUGCAUCAAUGAAAAAAUCAUGAUCAUCCAGUCUCUUCCUUGACUCCUGGACUGUGACAUUUGAAUCUGUUCGUAACAGAUAUUCAGGACACAGAUUUAAUGCAGCUGGACUGACCUCGUGACCUUAGCAGCUGUGGAUGCUGUCGCUACAAAAGGAUCACAUCUACAAAACAUCACUUUUAGCUCUCGUCUUUUUCAUCUUUAAUUGUACAUGAAAAGUUGUCUUGCCUUAAAAGUGGAUCUAUCUUUUCAAAAGCAGUAUGUGCAUCGUUUUCCUUUUUACCACAGUAUGUGCUUUUAACCACAUUUGAAGUGGUUUAAUCAUAUUGUGAUAUUUUCUGGAUGUCAGUGUUGAUAAAAGAAUCACGUGGUUUUUGAUAUUCUCUGUUAAUGUUUAUUGUUUUUGUUACAAACCUGAUCAACUUGUUAGUUUAUGUAAAUGUCAACAUUAAAUGUCAUUUAAAUUGUU